AUGGCAGGCGAAAGCCCCUCAUCACCUCCCUCUGCAGCGCCAGAUGGUCGCCCUCACCCAAACGAUGUCGGCCCGUUUGCAAGUGCCACACACGCAGCGGCCCACGGAAAUGGCGGUGCCGACCCAGAUUCAGUUGACGUGGAAAUACAAGACCGCGAUGUCCUACUCGCUAUUGAAGAUGACAAGCAUCAUGUCCGCAUUCUGCACCUGCAGAAUGUGCGCGAGGACACGCUUCCUGCGGCAAAAACUGCUGCCGACACCUUUCUUGAUCAAAUAAAGCCACUGGACAGCGAUCAACAGCCCGCUGGCACGGUAUUCCAAAUGUUUGAUAUAGUCUAUAAGGACAUGUCUCAUCAUCUUGGUGGUAUUAUAAAUCGUGUCCAAGACUUAUCAAUAGCAAUGUCUCAGAUGGAUGACAACGAGUUCAGAUACCCAAAGAGGACAGCAAGUACAACAUCUGGGGGCACUAGCCAAGCUUCUGUUGUUGAGGGCUUCAAUCCCGUCGCUGAAAUGAUGGUUACGUGUUUCGAUUUCCUUGAACGAGCUCAGGAGAUCCAGUCCAAGUCAGAGAGCUGCUGCGAUGAAACCCGUCCUAAGAGAGAUACGUUUGUUUUGACCAACUACAAUGAUCUCUUGGCCCACGGGGAUCUUAUUGAACAUAUUAGGAUUCAGGUUCAGGCUCGAGACCUCGCCUUUGACUGUUAUGUUACCACGUAUCCUUUAAUGAAGAUACACAGAGCUGGAAUUACCAGCCUGACCAGACACACGCGCCACGGCGGUAUCUUGAUGAGCAAGAGUUAG